AAACUGAAGGCUAAGUGCUGGAUGCUGAUUGGGCCCAGCAGCCAGCCAAUGGGAGAGCGGCAGAAGUUGAAUAUUCUACAUCAUAAGGGAACAAACUGUCAAAAACUGUCAGAAGGAAGAUCCAGCUGAAGACACAAAGAGUUAAGUCCAGCGCAACUCCAAGUCACAGUGCAAUCCUGGUAGUAGACUAAGAGUCCAGAAUUUGGCUGUGCACAUUGGGAUGAGAUAUUACAUGUAUUGAUGAGAUAAAAUGGCUCCCAAACCACCACCACCAGCAGCAAAACCUCCAGCGAAAGGCCCAGCGGGUAAGUCUGCAUCCGAAAAUCCAUCCAGUCCAGCGAAACCUUCACGGCCCCCAACCAAAUUAGAAUUAUAUCUCUCAGGCUACAAUUGUGCAACGAUCGGCGUCCUCUUGCUCUUCUGCCUAUUUUUGUACACCCUUUGGUAUAUCAGUUUAUGUGCUGUUGAAAGGGCAAAACGGGAUCCACUUCGGCAGGCAGUUGCCCAAAUCAGGCAAUAUAUGAUUUCACGGAAUGCUGAGUAUGAUGCCCUUAACGAUACCGAAGUGCUCCUGGAAGCUGAGAAGGUGGCAGGACAGUUGAUUCCAUGGGCUCAAAAGAUCAAAGAACUUCAAGCAGAGAUUGCUGACCUUCAUUACAAACUGAAUCACGAAUGGACGGCCUAUAACAACCACCUGUAUUUAUUUAAUUAUGAGUCCCUGAAUUAUGAUGACACAAUGAAACUAUGCAAUAAAUCGAAAUCUUUCUUAACUGAUAUUCAAGAUGACACAGAGGAGAGGUUCAUAGAACAGGCAGUUAGAAAAAAAUAUGGUAGUUUCUGGAUUGGACUGCGUUAUUGGGACAGCAAUUGGAAAGUGGAGAUUACUAAAAUUAAACCUCGUAAAACCUACUGGAAGUCAGGAAAUCCAGGGAGAGGUGGAUGUGCAAGAAUGACAACUGAAUGUAAUACACAUUUGCGAUGUUGGAUUAGUGCAGACUGUCAUCAACGGGCAAGAGGCAUUUGCAAGCAGAAACCUGAGAGCAAAUGGAUGUCCUAGCUCUUUACUGAACGUUGCACAAAAUUGUACUUGAUGAACCCAGUGAGAAAGAAAUGCCACUCGGUGAACCUGCCUCUGAAAAACAGUUGCCCCAGUCAGCCAGUGUGGAGACAUGGAAGAACUCAGGACUUUGACAUCAGCUUCCAAACACCUUUUCCAUCCUGCCUUUUCGGAGAUCAAAGAUACGGUCUUAUUUAGCAAAUUCAGGGGCAAGUAAAAAAGAAUGAAAAAAGAAA